CCGGAGUCCGGUCCGGUCCGGGUUUCAGUGCGUACCCAUGUUUUCGAGCUCGACAAAUCAAUCUACCAAAAGAAAACCAACGACAGAAAUAGAUGACUCUUCGGACCCAUCAGACAACAGUGCAUUAUUUAAUCGGAAUGAAAAAAGGUUUCGAGCGUUGGAAUGGAAAAGAGAAGAGUUGGGAGACAUUGGAGUGUAUUUUUCCGAAAAUCCAAUUCUUUUAUCAGAUUUGUUAGAUAAAUUAAAAUCACAAAAGGGGACAAGAGUUUCCAUGCCAGGUUUUAUGAAACAUCUCAUUGAGUUUACGAAGGAAGUGUUACCUUUCUCUUUGAAUGACAUUAAUUGGAAUAAAGAUAUCAGUAUUUGUUUUGACCGAGAAAGAGAAGCAAUGGAACAGAUUCAGGAAGUACAAAGGAAUUUGGUCGAUUUUGCAGACAGAACAGAGAGUGAAAUCCCUUUUUCAGUUGAUAAGCUUGCUAAAAGAUUAUUGCGCCGAUGGUUUGAGGACACAUUUGACUUUCUUGUUGAGGUAAAAGAAAUGCUACAGAAAUUGAAUAAUCCAAAUCUAAGUCAUGGAGUUUCUAAGGAGGACACAACAAUUUUAAAGGAUUCUGCAUUUACACACUUGUUCAUGAAAUUUACUGAAAUUUUCUUCCUGAAACCAGAGGUUGGUGAAAACAAGAAAACAGUUUUGAAGAUCAGAAAUAAGAUAGUUGGAUGUGUUUCUGAUACUGCUUUCUAUGAACAUGAUGGUGAAAGACACAGGGCUCGUCUACUUACAAUGUUGACUGAGCUUAAAAGUGAUGCCCUGAAGAAGAGAGUAGAUGAAGAUGAAGGUUCGAAUCUACCUUGGAUAGAGAGAUAUUUGGAAUCUUAUGGAAUAGGACAAAUAGGAAUACAACUUGUUUCUGAAUGCUGGAACUCUACAUUUUGUCCAAACACAUUAGGAAUAAUUUGUAUGAAAACAAAGAUUAUGUUUGUGUACUUGGAGAUGAAUCCUGAACAGUAUGAAGCAUUGACAAAAAACAAAGAUCUAAAAGGGAAGACAUCUUGUAUCCAGUAUUCUAAACCUUAUGACAUAAUGAAAAAAGAGGACAGAGACCAGCUAAUAGACAUAUUGUUUUGGUUAGGAUGUGUUCAAAAAAAUAAUUGUCAUAGUUAUUAUAUGAUGUAACUAUGGAAUAAGGUUGGCAAACAAAACUUACAGCAACAUGUUGCUUUUGUGAGGUUGCUUAGUAUUCCCAAGCUGGCAAAGCAAAAGAGGACCAAUGGCUUGCAUUCAGUCUGUCAUAGUUUUCCAUUCUUUCUGUUGAGAUGCCUGAACCAAUUGGUAGGAUGAAUGAUAGAAAGUCAUAUUGUUGGAACAGUUGAGUGACUUAUGUGGCAACGGUAGCCCAAUGCCUUGAAAAAUUGUGAAAAAACAUUGCCAGUCACAUGUUUUUCAUUUGUAAUGCCUGAAUCAAUUUAUGAGAUCUUUAUUGUAUGAAGUUAAAAAGGAUGAUUAUGUUUCAUUGCACAUGAGGAAUUGAUGCAGAAGUUGUAGAGCAUAGAAAACUAUCAGUUUUCCCCACAUUUUUGUGAGCCUAAAGGUAUUAGAUAUUCAAUGUUAAUGCAUAUUAGAAGAAGUUACAGAACAAAUUUGAGUAUAUAUUUUCAUUUGAACAAAUUCACAAAAAUCAUGCUCAAAGACACAGAAUAUAUUUUAAUAUUUUUGUUUUUUGUGCUUAAGCUGGAAAAAUUGAUUAGGUUUUUUUUUAUAUAAAAAAAGUCAUUACAUGAGAAGUUACAAAUGAAAUUGUUUCUUCUGGUUGAGGAUUUUUUUUGAGAGUUGUGGCCCAAGGAUUUAUAAUUCUACCAAAAAUUAGUAAGCCAAGAGGAAACAUGCACUUAAUUACUUACCAAGGUACCAUAUCUCAGAAUCUAUAUCUGCAGGAAUAAUAAAAAAAAAUAUAUCAGGAAAACUGUUUAAUUUCUGAAGGACACAAAGAAUGGACAUUUGUUAAUAGUUUGUGCCCUGUUUCGUAGGAUUUUGACAUACAAAUGACUGCUUAAACCUAAUCAUAAAUUGAUAGGAUAAGAUAUAUGUAAGCAGUUUGAAAAAUAAAAAGUUUAACUUGUUUAUUAUUAAUAAAUUUUGCAAAUAGUUUUAUUUCUACCAAAAAAAAUACAUUGGCCGAAAUCAAAAGUUCUUUUUUUUCUAAGAAGCAUAUUUUUUGUCACUUUUUUCUUUUGUGAUAGUACAUGUUAUUGUCAUGCAAGAAGAUAUAUCAACAUAACUGGACAUAUUAUGUUGACUCUUAGCUAACCAGUUUUUACUUUUGCUCCUAAAUAUUGUCAUCUUACUACAAAGCUAGGAGGAAACUUUUUCUCUUGACUUCAUUGCAAGAAAUUUUCAUAGACGGCCACAGGUCUACAUUAAGCAGAUUUACUGCAAAUAUCAAUCUAAAAACCUAUGGUUUUACAUCCCAUAUUCAGGAAUAACACAUGUCUACUGAGACCAUUCUAAUCGAUAUAAUGUUAACUAAUGUAAAAUCUUGAGUUCAAAAUACUUAUAUGAUAUUUUUUGGCUUUUUCAAAUGAUUUUUUUUGAAAAUGUCAACACAUAAUAAAAUAAAUCAGAUACAUAUACCUCAUUUCGUAGGUCAGCGAUUUGUAUUUGGUCUGUUUAUCAGAUACUACUAUCAGUAGGUCAACUAUAUAAACUAUGCGAUGAUUGCUAUGAGACUAUAGUUAUUAAAGGUACCAGGAUUUUAAUUUAGUAAGCCAGACGCGCGUUUCGUCUACAUAAGACUCAUCAGUGACGCUCAUAUCAAAAUAUUUAUAAAGCCAAACAAGUACAAAGAAGAAUAGCAUUGAGGAUUCAAAAUUUCUAAAAGUUGUGCCAAAUACGGCUAAGGUAAUCUAUGCCUGCGAUAAAAGAAUCCUUAGUUUUCGAAAAAUGCAAUUUUUUUAUUAUGGACUUUCCGAAUUGAUUUUCCUCUAUUAAAGUUCAGUAUUUUUGUGAUUUUACUUUUCUUUGUAAACAGGAAAUUUAUAAAAAUUACUUCAUUAUUCAUGUCAAUACCGAACAAUGGACAAAUAAGGUCAUUGUUUCUAUACCUGUCUCUCAAUUUCCUUAUCUCUAUUGGUUCAUUGUUCAAUUUACGUUAUUUUUAAAGAUGGCGUCAAAUGCAAACAAAACCUAAAGAUUGCCUUAAAUGCAAACGAAACCUAAAGAUUGCGUUAAAUGAAAACGAAACCCUUUGGUCCUCGACUUGAUGUCUAAAUCCAGCAAUGUUUAUCCCAACAUUUGAUAUACAAUCCAUAUAGCAGUGCAUUGGUUAUAAAAUUUUAAACAUCCUAUUCAUGAAAGUUUCCAGAAAUUUACCAAUGUUAUAUAUAUAUGCUCAGAUGUUCAAGUCACAAAAUGAUGUUAUACUUGUCAUGAAAAUUACAUAACAUUUGCAAGGUGCUGAAAUCUUAUAUCUGGGACUUUUAUACAAGUCCAAGCUAAUAUCAAUGAUGCCAUUGUUAAAAAGUAAUCUUGGAAGAUUGUUUGUUUGAGCUGGGACAUAAUAUUUUGACAAUUAAAAGUCUAAGGACUGAUAUCAACCUUA